AUGGAAACAUCAGGUGAAACAAACAUCACCAAUGCAAAACAGCCUAAACCUCCACCUUUGAUUGUGGAUUCCAAAACUUCUCUGCAAGCCCUGCGGCAACUUUUUGAAAACAAACUGUUUACGGUCUUUCUUUACGGCCUUCCCAAAAUUGAAACAUCAGAAAUUAUUGAUGAGUUAAAAAGUUAUAAUGUUAUCCCUUCAUCUGUCGCGGAAACAACAACCAAAUACAGUUCGGUGAACAAUGCUGUGUACAAAGUUCAAUUUGUGAGAAAGAAUUUCAUUCCUAACUCACUCAAAAAUAUAAAAACAAUUGCUAAUGUUGUUAUCUCUUGGAGAAAAUAUAAGCAAAAGAAAAACGAUAAGCCUACACAAUGUUGGAACUGUUUGAUGUAUGGUCACGGUGGCGAACAUUGCCAUCGACUUCCAGCAUGUAUGAUCUGUGCCAACCAACAUCACACAAAUCAAUGCCCGCUCAACAACAACAAUAAACGUCCAGCCGUCUUCACAUGUUUCAAUUGUAAGAAGCAUGGGAAGGAAAGAACCGUUCACUCAGCAAACGACAUCAAUUGCCCUCUGCGUGCUCAUUACCUUGAGGCGAGAGCGAAUGCAACAUCAAGGAAUGUCCGUCACCUAACUGUAGUUAAAUCUACCCAUCAACCGAACAUACAACCUACCAACAGUGUCAGCUUCAACAACAACCAUUUGUCAAACAGUGGUUCGUAUGCUGGCUGUAUGCGUAGCAAUAAUUCGUUGUUCAGCAUUAACGAUUUAUUUGAAAUUUUUACGUCAACUUUGGAAGACUUAAAAAGAUGUACUUCAAAGAUUGAACAAAUGCAAGUCGUGAUGUCGAUGGUCUAUGAAUUAUAUGAAUUAUAA